AAAAGAACAGACAACUCAUCCUCUUGCCUUCCUGUGCUCUGCUAAUGAGAAUCAGCACUCUCUGUAUAUGGAAUUUAUUUUAAUCUUGUUACUGCUUAGAACGGAGUAAGUUUUUUUUUUCUUUGCCUGCGUUUGAAUGUACAGCAACUGGUCCUAGUAUACAAUGCUCCAUCUUGAGCUAAGCGACUUAUCUACUUGGAUGAAGAUGAAACACUGCAUACGAGAGCUGAUAGUGUUCACAGGCUUCAUCUUUGUAUUCAGAUGAGGAGGAAGCGCCAAUUAGCAGGAUGCUGACACCUUGCCUCCUAAGAAGAGUGGUCUUCUUGGUUCCUUUAAUUUUUGUAGUUGUGCCGCUCACCAUGGAGUCCAUUAAAGCCGACGAAGAAGCAGGAACAACGAUCCCAGCUGAAAGUCGCCCCUGCGUUGACUGCCAUGCAUUUGAAUUCAUGCAGAGGGCCUUGCAGGAUUUAAAGAAGACUGCGUAUAAUCUAGACACACGGACAGAAACACUGCUUCUUCAAGUGGAAAAGAGAACUCUGUGUGACUGUUUAACUGCAAACACACUGAACUGAAUGCUGGAGAACAGCCAAAGAGUGUCACCGGUUCAGCUGUUUUUCAAAAUGCUGCUGUAUGUAAUACGGACAGCUGUGUGGACUUUGGAGUACAUACUGCAGGCAUGUAAGCCCCAGUGUAGUGAGGAAAGCAGGCGGGGAGUUUCUGUAUGAGAUGGUGGGGUGGGAUAGUUUGUCCUAAGCUUGUUUUCUCCGUUAUGAAGGUGCUACUAUUGUGGCUUGAAUGAUUGAUCAUAUCAAGACAGAGCAUUGCAUGCUGGAAUCUAUAGUCUCUGCAGGCUCUAUCUCCAUAUUAAAGGUAAUGGUAGCUGCAAUCCAUUCUGUUUAUUUAUAAUGUAAAUUUGGACCAGAUUCAGCCAAUUUGUAACUCUGUGGAUUUCAAUGGUGCUACACCUGCUUAUAUCUGGACUGAAUUUGGCCCUGAACAGGACUCCUGCGUCUCCUGGGAAGCUGUCGACUUGGUUGGAGAAAAUAUAGGUACCCCUGAAUUAAAUCAUACACUGUCACUACCCACUUAGUGUCCCACUGUAUCCAGCAUGUAUUGAAAUAGCUAUUGUUUUACCAAUCUAAAUGCAUGUUGUGUACAAAGGCAGAAGGAGACUAAAAUUACUAGAAAAACAGGUAAGCCCACACCCAAAUGUACCUUGUUUCCUUUUGAAUGAGAUCUUGACAAUAGGCUAAGCUAAAAGUUCAGUGUGAAUGGGGGAAGGAGGAAUCAAAUUUUCAUUCAUUAUCUCUGUGCAAUGUAGCUUUUCUCUGAGAAAGUACGUUUGCCAUAGGAAUCAGAGUAGCGCCCGUGUUAGUCUGUAUCCGCAAAAAGAACAGGAGUACUUGUGGCAUCUUAGAGACUAACAAAUUUAUU